AUGCCCCACCUACUAACCACCGUCGUCCGACGUCUUCACACCCUCAUCACUCAUCUACUCAUUCUCUUUUUCGCCUCCAUCAUUUUCGUGUAUUUUUUAAUUUUCGAUAAAGAGAAAAAUGACGGGAAUCAGAUGGUCACUCGACACGAAUCAAACCAACUUGUAAAAUACACUGGAACAUCUCGAAAUUUUAAAUUCAACGUCGUCGGAAACUCGAUUCAACUCUCCACUUGGUCCCAACAAAUCGAUAUCCAAAAUGUUGUGAAAAUGAGUAAUCCGAUGUUUGAUCUACAGAAGAAUCCGGAAGAAAAUUAG